AGUGUUACUUUGGCGCGCGGUGUGUGCGCACGCGCGGAUUUUUCUUUUCGAGCGGUUAAUUCAAAUUUUGAGUCGUGUCAAAGAAAAGGAAUUUCAUUGUGUUGUAUUUUGUGUUGUGGUCAGUGAUUAUUUUUUCAGUAGUGUGAAUUUUGAAUUGAGCGCACAUUAAAAAAAGUUUUUAUACAAAAUGCCGGCUUACGACAACCACGGAGCUACCAUCUCAAUGGAGGACGUUCGACCCGCCAUACCCGUCGGUCUGGCUGCAAAACGAAGGGAGUUUCAAACGCAAGUGUCCAGCGUCACGUUUAGGAGGGAGCAGGCGGUGUGUGUAAGGAACGCGUUCAAGAGAUACGGCACGAAAAGUAAUCCUAACGUCAUAUUAGACGGACUGAACAUGACGGUUCCUAAAGGUGCAAUAUAUGGUCUACUAGGUGCUUCAGGAUGCGGGAAGACCACUCUCCUGUCUUGUAUAGUUGGACGACGGAGACUCAACUCUGGGGAUAUUUGGGUGCUAGGUGGUAGACCGGGCAGCCCUGGGAGUGGGGUACCCGGACCAAGGAUCGGAUACAUGCCACAGGAAAUUGCACUGUUUGGUGAAUUCUCGAUACGGGAGACUUUCUUAUACUUUGGUAUGAUAGCUGGUAUGCCAACAGAGGAAAUUGUUAAGAAUGCCAAAUUUUUAGAGACAUUCUUAGAGCUGCCCGAUCCACAAAGAUAUGUCAAAUUCCUGUCUGGUGGGCAACAGAGGCGGGUGUCUUUUGCCGCUGCCCUCAUCCACAAACCGGAGCUUUUGAUAUUGGACGAGCCCACCGUCGGAGUUGAUCCAGUGUUGCGACAAAAUAUAUGGGAUUACUUGGUCGAGAUCACUAAAGGCGGACGUACUACGGUUAUAAUCACGACACAUUACAUCGAUGAAACCAAACAAGCCAAUGUUAUUGGUCUGAUGCGAGGUGGAAGAUUCCUUGCCGAGCAGUCACCAACGGAACUUAUCCGGCGAUAUCAGGCGGAAACUUUAGAGGACGUGUUCUUAAAGUUAGCCGUCAUCCAGAACAGGGGCAAGAGGAGAAGAUCCAGCAUUCUGGCCGACAUUGUUGAUAAAGUCGAAAUUCCUGCGACAGCGAACCCAGCACCUGCAAUUGAAGAAUCCGAAGUUGGAGAAAUAUCCGGGGAAUUUGGGGACAAUGUAUCCAUGAGCAGCAAAGGCAGGGUUGUGGUCACUCCUGACUGCGCUCCAGUUGAGAUGCCUCCAGAGGAAAUACGACACUACUCUCUCUACGAGAAGAUUAAGCCAAUGAAAUGGAUUCACAUGAAACCUCUGAUAUGGAGGAAUGGAUUGCAAUUACUAAGAAAUUAUGGGUUGUUAGCGUUCAUCAUUGGACUACCAAUGCUUCAAAUGAUCCUGUUUUGCGUCGCCAUUGGUCGGUAUCCGAGCGAUUUACCAAUAGCAGUUGUGAACAAUGACGUGAACAGCACAGAAUUACUUUGCGAUUUCAAUCAGGGAUGUGCUCAGAAUCCAGAUACUUGGGAAUGGGAUAUGUCGAACUUCAGCUGCCGAUAUCUACAUUAUCUCCACCAACGGCAAAGCAAUUUAUAUUACUAUCGGACCACGGAGGAAGCUUUGGCAAAUGCGAAAGACAUCAAAGCGUGGGUAGUGAUGACGUUCCCGACGAACUUCUCUGAAAGUAUCCGGCAAAGAAUGGUGGACAGUCGAGAUAUAUUAAACUCUACUGUUGACUCAUCUGCCAUACAUAUGCACAUGGACAACGUUAACAAACAAGUGAAGUGGAUGUUGAAAAAAGAUCUCGCCGAAGCGUUCUUGGACGUUUUGACUAAUAUGUCUGUAGCUUGUGACCUCCCUGAGAGAGUAUUCACCCUCCCUGCUAAUAUUCACGAUCCAAUUUACGGUCUGAAGAUGCCCAAUAUGACUGAUUUCGCCGCUCCAGGUGUAAUUUUAACUGUAAUUUAUUUCUUGGCUGUUGCUUUAACUUCGGGCGCUUUGCUGUCUGAGAGAAAUGAAGGUACCCUGGAACGAUCACUGGUAUCUGGUAUAACUGGUGUGGAGAUCUUAUUUGCCUUGCUAGUAGUGGAGCUUGUUGUGAUGUUGCUCCAGACUAUCGGUGUUAUGAUCAUCGCGUUCGUGGUGUUCGAUCUUAGCCAGAACGGGCCGAUCGGAUGGGUUGUGUUCCUGACAUUCCUCGCUGGAAUUUGUGGAAUGACUUUCGGAUUCGUAGUAGCAACACUCUGUGACACUGAUAAGACUGCUACCUACAUGGCCUUAGGAUCUUUCUUACCGAUGACACUGCUAAGUGGAGUGAUCUGGCCAAUAGAAGGUAUGCAUGACAUCUUGAAGGCUAUAAGCAUCGUAUUACCUUUAACGAAAAGUACUGAGGGUCUAAGGUCGAUGCUUCAAAAAGGCUGGAGCAUCGACAGACCCUCCGUGUAUUGGGGAUUCGUCAUCACUACAGCCUGGAUAUUCUUGCACUUGACGGCGAGUAUUUGCCUACUUAAGUUUAAAAAGGGUUGAAAAAAUACAAUCAUUAGGCAAUUAAAAUACAAUAGUUAGUUAUUUGUUAACAUUGCAAUGUCACAUAAAAGUACUGUAAUUAUACUUUGAUACAGCUAAGUGGUUUGUAUUACAUAUAUAAUUUGUUUAUAUUGUAUAAUGUAUGAUAUAGAUAUUUUUCAUGAACUGUGGGCUGUGGAAUAGAUUCUAGUAUAUUGUAGCGAAUAGUCUGAAUACUACCUAUGUCUUCACUGGAUCUGAUUAGGGCGUACGUAUUGUGAAGAUUUUUUAUCCUUCUUCUUUUAUACUAAUAAUGUCAUUCAAUCAGCAAACUCCUGUACUGUUCCUAAUAUUUAGUUAUAUUCUCUAAAAUUUUAGAAUUUACAAUAAACUUAUUUCAAUUGUUAUGAUUUUGAAAUUAAUACAAUUCAGGAAACAUUAAUAAAUUCGGGCCAAAAUAAUCAAGGCAUAAUAACCCUUUAUUUUAGUUUGUUUGUAAAUGCCAAUGCUUACUGUCCUCAAUCUAGUUCUAGCGUAUAUUAUUCAGGAGAUGUCACCAUUUCGACUCACACUAAGCUAUUGAAAUGUGAGCUCUAUAAUUGUGUCAUUUAAACUGACUUUCAGUCUUCUAACUUAUUUUAAAGUUUGUCAGCCUUAAAACAAAUUACAGUUCGGUAUUUUGUUACAUAAAAUAAUUAUAGGUGAUUCUUAUUUUUCAUUGAUUCUGCAUAAAAGAACUUUACACACACCAAAGUACAUAUAUACUGACAUUAUUACAGUAAGUUUCCAUUAAGGCUCCUCACGUAGUAGCAUAAUUUAUCUUUGAAAUUGUUUUCUCAAUGUGAUAAAAAAAUCUGUCAAAAUAGUGUUGCUAAGUUAUUAUUUUAUUAUAUAAUAACUUUAAGGGUCUGUGUAAAUCUGAUGGAAAAUCUGUCAAGGGUUCAGAGAGCUGUGAGACGGAUCAUCUGUCGAGUGUGCAAAAAUCAAAAGCAGUUGGGAUACGACCGUACUCUGUAGCCAUGGGUCUAGUUUUAGGAUUAUACAUCGUAUUCUCGCGAUAUUUUUUUCAUUUUACUACUUUGACAUGUUAUUUGGUGGAUAAACGAGGAAGUUAGUAACGCUUUUGUUAAAUCUAUAAUAAAUACUACAAACUAGUAAACUUUAAUUAAAUAACGCCUUAACAUCGCUAAAGUAUCGUAUCCUAUGGCUAGAGUCAUGGCUAGGGAAUUAGACGGUCGUAUCUCUGACGUUCCGCAGCCGACGGGACGUAACUUAUCUUACGUCAGAUACACCGACGCUAAUAUCUGAAGUUAUUAUUACCGGAUGUACCCAGCGCCAUCUUUUUUUAUUACAAUGACGCAUUUUGAGCACUAUAUAGAAGUGAAAUAGUAUAAAGAUGUGAGAAUACCAAUUAAAUACUUAUAUAAAUAAAAAUGGUGAUAAUUUAAUACUAGGUAGGAUUAGAUAUACUUCAGAGUUGAAAAGUACAAAGAGACUUAUCUGUUGUCUCUUUAAUCUUGCCACAUUUGUAUUUAUUUAUGAUGUGAUAGAAGAUAUAAGAAAAUUAAGAUCGAUAUACUAUUGCUAUUAAAAAAAAAAUGAAAAACCUCUUUUUUAAGUUAUUUUGUGCCUUGCGUCCUUUUUAUUACGAGGUAUUAGUCUAGUUUUAGUAUUAUUUAUAUGUGACUGGUUUAGGUUUUAGUAAAAUAUUAAUAAAGAAAAGUUGGGUUAUUAUUAUUGUCAAACUUUGAAAGAUGAAUUUUUUUUUACUCUUGAUAAAUCUAUCCGAUUGAAAGUUUAAAUUGAUAUUUUUGUGACAAGUUUUUGGUUAAGUAUAUUAUUAUUUUAUUACAGACUUUGCUUUAGGUCAAGUUAAAAAGUUUGAUAAUUCUUUAGUAAUGAUUUAUUAAUGUUAGAAAUGGCUCAGUUAAUUAUAGUUUUUAUGUUAUGUGGUUGCCACUAUAAUGUACAAAUAAAUAUUAUGUAAGGGCCAAUAUAAAAUGUGGAUCCUAUGCUCAUGUUCGUAGACAUUAGUUUUAAUUGUGAUAUAUAUAAGGUUUUAAAUAAAUUACCACAAAUUG